AUGGCGGCGCCCGGGAGCAGGUACAGUUGGUUCGUUUCCGUUUCUAGAAAAGUGGGAAGUUUUCUAUUUAACUCAGUUUUCAGUUCACAGGCGGCGACGUGCGUCAGCAACAUGGACUCGGAGAGACCAGCCAAGCUGGAGUUUGCGGUGCAGAUGACAUGUGAGAGCUGCGCAGAUAAAGUCCGAGCUGCUCUGGAGGGUAAACCUGGAGUGAACUCUGUCAGUGUCGACGUCAGUAAGGAGCAGGUGCUGGUGGAAUCGACUCUGACCAGCGCAGAGGUGCAGGCUCUGAUAGAGAGCACUGGACGCAGGGCCGUGCUGAAAGGCAUUGGAGGAUCAGAGCAAGACCUGGGUUCAGCAGUGGCCAUGCUGGCUGGCGUGGGAAAGAUCCAGGGGGUAGUGCGUUUCCUGCAGCUGUCUGAGGAGCGUUGCUUGAUUGAUGGGACCAUUGAUGGGUUGGAGCCUGGACCCCACGGCCUCCACAUACACACCCUGGGGGACCUCACGCUGGACUGCCACAGUUGCGGAGAGCACUAUAACCCCUUUGGAAGACAACACGGUGGUCCAGGGGACUCUGAAAGGCACGUAGGUGAUCUGGGAAAUAUUGUUGCUGGACCAGAUGGCAGAACCUCAUUUAGGCAAGAGGACCAUCAGAUAAAAGUGUGGGAUGUGAUUGGCAGAUCGCUGGUAGUGGACGCAGGGGAGGACGAUCUGGGUCGAGGCAAUCACCCUCUCUCCAAACAGACUGGAAACUCUGGGGAAAGGCUGGCCUGUGGGAUCAUCGCCCGAUCAGCAGGUCUUUUCCAAAACCCCAAACAGAUUUGUGCCUGUGACGGGGUCACACUGUGGGAGGAGAGAGACAGACCGAUAGCUGGGAAAGGUCGAAGAAAGGCCAGCACAGAGACUCCGGCAGCACACCUCUGAACAUCUGAAACGCCAAACACAUCUGUAACCUAUGUUGGACAGUUUGAAAAGAAAUGCAGGGGGUCAUUUGUCGACAGAGGGUCAGAGUGAAGCGAGCGACACGGAGCACUGAGGAAUAUAUUUCCAGACAGCUGGGCAGAUGACCAAAGAAAAAUAGCCUUAUUUUCUUGAUAUUUUUUGCAGUGAGAAAAUCUAAUACUCUUGCAGUGGCUGUUUGUGCCCUCUGAGGAUUAUAAAAGCACUAAAGCAGAUUAGCUUGGGAGUUGAGAAAGGUAACCUCUGAUUAGCUAGAUGUCUGUAAAUACUGUUAAAUCUUUGUAUAACCAGUCGCUUCUGGCACAUCUGUCUCGUCACUGUCUAAAUUGAUGCGCUUGUAAGAUUUGAGGUACCCAUUUUAGCUGUGUACUGGCUGCGAUUAAAUGCACUUCAAUUUGC